AUGGCAACGUACGAUGGAGUCGGAAACCCCAGGGAGCACGUCUUGAACUAUAAGACUUUCAUAGAGUUGCAGACUUUAUCAGAUGCCUUAAUGUGCAAGGUAUUUCCAACGACGCUUACGGGGCCGGCGUGGGCAUGGUUUAACAGCUUGGAGGCUGGGAGUAUUAGGAGCUUCGGGGAUUUGGCCAACGCCUUCAUUAGCCGGUUCAUAGCCGAGGUACCAGCAGAUAGGAAUACCAGCUAUUUGGAGACGAUCAGGCAGAGAAGGGACGAGUCGCUGAGGGAGUAUGUUGCCCGUUUUAAUACGGAAGCUUUACAGAUCCCCGAGCUGGAUAAGGGGAGAGCGGUGGAGGCCAUGCAGAAGGGGACGACCUCCCCCGAGUUUUUCGGCUCGUUAAGCAGAAAGCCCCCCACCACGCUGGCAGAGCUGAUGAAGAGGGCGGAGAAAUACAUAAGGCAAGAUGACGCCCUGGUAACGAGUAGAUUCGCCAAGGGGGCGGAGGACAGAGGAAAAGCCCCCGAGGAAAGGAGAUCGGAGAGACAUGAGAAGAAGCAGGGAAAGAAUCCUGAGCCCUACAGGCAGCCCUGGGACCGGAGAGACCAGAGAUCUUUCCCUCCUCGGGUUCCAAAACAAAACCCAUUCCCUCCGCGUAUUUCGGAGAACCUGACCCCGCUCAACGCAUCCAGAGCCGAGGUGCUCAUGGCAGUUCAGGAUAAGGAGUUCCUACAAUGGCCCAGGUUUAUGAGGGCAGAAGCAGACCAACGAAAUCCUGACAAGUAUUGUCAGUAUCAUCGCACCCACGGCCAUGAUACCAACAACUGCUACCAGCUGAUUAGUGAGAUCGAAAGGCUGAUCAAGAGGGGACACCUCAGGAACUUUGUGAAGAAGCUGGAGGGGCAAAGGCCUCAGCCGAACCCAACAACACAAGCACCCAGGAGGACGGGAGCAGGGCCGGUGAAUGAUGGCUCCAGUGGAACCAUCAACAUGAUCGUUGGGGGGACUGGAGGUUGGAUGAGCCGAAGGGGAAAGAAGAGAGGCCGAGAUGGGGAAAGCAGCAGCGCAGAAGUCAUGCAGGUAGUUGAGCACUCUCCAGUAACUAUCACCUUCUCUCCGGAGGAUGCCCAGGGUGUUCAGAUGCCUCAUGACGACGCCCUUGUUAUUGAAGCCGUCAUCCACAACUACCGGGUUAAGAAGAUUUUGGUGGAUGACGGGAGUAAGGUGAACUUGCUGCCGUACCGGGUCUUCCAGCAGAUGGGAAUCCCUGAGGAGCAAUUGGUUCGGGACCAAGCCCAGUCAAAGGGAUCGGGGGAGUCCCAGUACCAGUGGAGGGGAAGGUAA